AUGGCUGCAGCUUUCCGCCGCCAUCCCCGGAAAAUUAUAGCAGGAGGAGUCGGAGCCGUGGGUGUAGGCUAUAUGUUCGCCGGCUACUUGCCAAACCCCAUGAACUCACCUGCUGUUUCUAAUAUUGAGGGACGGUAUUCAUCGGGCGGAGGCUCUGCGAGUGGACUAGCGGGCACAGCGUCAAAACUCGGAGAUCGCAAUCAACAGACUGGGAAUGUGGAGAAGAGCAAAGGCUUAGGAACGGCAAAUUGGGACGAGAGGAUUGGAGACCAGAAGGAAUCGACGACGGGGAAAACCGGUGGUGUAAGUCUCAUCUCCUCAUGCUUUUAUGGUGGUUGGAUAUUAGAGGAUGUUGAUGACUGA